AUGGCGUAUAUAACAUCUAUAUUUAUCUACCUAGCAUUGGCACCUGCAAUAUUUGCCUGCAUGCAGUGUCCAGAAAUUAAAAGGACUAAAAGCAUCAAUUUUGCUGAGAUAGCAGGUGAUUGGUUCAUGGUGGCAUCAACACCUGAUUUGAACGUGAAAUGUCGAAACAUCGUAAUAUCUAAGGCAAUUAAAAAUACGUAUAAGAUGAAGCUUCAACAUUAUGAAAAUUUUUUUUUUACAUUGUGGCAUAAUGUACAAACCAUUACUGUGGAAGACAAUCAAAACUAUUCGAAAUUUGAAGUACCAAAUCCAUUCUCUUUAUUUAAAACUGAGUAUACCUUCCUUGAUGGUGACUUGAGUGACUACAUGUUACUUCACACUUGCUACCGCCAUAUCAUCUUCGUCAAUGAAUAUUAUGAGUUAUGGACUCGGAACUUGACUGGCAAUUGUCAAAAUGUUAUUGAUUCUGUAACGGAAACUUUGGAUCUAUAUAAAAUAAAGCCUGAGGAUAUGACUUGCAGUGUUCCAGACGGUUGUUAUUUUGGAUCGUAAUCUGUUUGUUUUCAAAGCAAUAAAAUAGUAUUG